CGUUCAUAUCAGCUGCUUGUGAUCCAGAAAAAGCUCAACUUUUGCGCAAAUUUGAAGCGUUUUGUUGCCACCGUUGACUGUAUGCGCAGUCUGUUGUUGUCACCUGAUGCUUUCUUCGGUCUGUAAACAGCUGCAAGAUUAGUGCUGGACUUUGGUUGUGUGUUUGUGUAAAAGCUGCAGAGGUUUUUUUGGGGGGAAACAGUUGGAUUCUCCACAUUAAAUAACUUGGUUGCCUUGGAGCUCAUUCUAUUUCCAGUGACUUGUUUCAAAAUGAGUAAGAGGAAAAGCAAAGCGACCAGCGAUGCCACAGCUUUCAAGAGCCGCAGACUGACAACUGUUGCUACCGAAAAUGCUCCAGAUGACACAAACCAUCAGGGACCGUCUUCCAGCAGCUUCACUGCUACAGGAGACAUCGGCCUCAUCGAGAGCAUCAGUCUGAAGAAUUUCAUGUGUCACCGUUCGCUCGGUCCGUUCCGCUUUGGACCCAAUGUGAAUUUCAUCGUUGGAAACAAUGGAAGUGGGAAAAGCGCCAUCCUGACUGCUCUGAUCGUGGGCCUGGGAGGAAAGGCCACCAUGACCAACAGAGGAGUGUCGCUGAAGGAUUUUGUGAAGACCAGUGAAACCGCUGCGGAUAUAACAGUAAAGCUGCGAAACAGAGGACCGGACGCUUACAAAAAGGACGUUUACGGCGACUACAUCUCCAUCGAGCAUCGGAUCUGGACCGACGGGUCUCGAACCUGCAAGCUGAAGAACAAAUCAGGACACCUUGUCUCAAGCAAAAAGGAGGAAUUAACAGGCAUCCUGGACCAUUUUAACAUCCAGCUGGAUAACCCAGUAUCCAUCCUCAGCCAAGAGAUGAGCAAACAGUUCCUGCAUUCUAAAAGUGAAUCAGACAAGUACAAGUUCUUCAUGAAAGCGACUCUGCUGGAGCAGAUGAGGGCAGAUUAUGUUUACAUCAAACACACCAAAACAGUCACACGGCAGCAGGUGGAGAGACAAGAGGAGUGUCUCAAGGACCUGAAGCAAGAGUUUCUACAGAAGAAAGAAAGAUAUGAAAAAUGUUCAUCCUUCAGCGAGUUGAAGGCGGUUCUGGAGAAUCUGAAGAAAGCGAUGGCCUGGUGUUUGGUCGGCGAGAAGGAGCAGCUCGUACAGCAGCUGAAGGAGAGGAUUGAAAAGGAGGAGAAUAAUCCCAAACAUCAGGACAACCUUCAGCUCUGUCAGACUAAGAUCAGACAAGCAGAGAAGAAGCUUCAGUUCAUCAAAAGCAGAAGCGACAGUCUGAGAGACGAACAGAAGUCUCUUUCAGAGGACAGUCGCAAGUUGAAAGAACAAGUGAAGAUUGUUAGCAAAGCUCACAAGGAGCAGGAGCUUGUUUAUUUUCGGGCUCUGAACAAACUGAAGCAGUUGGAAGAAGAGCAAAACCUUCUUCAGGAGAAAAUCAACAAGGCAAAAACAAGUAAGAGUGUGAACAGUGAGGAACAAAAACAACAUAGAAAACGACAGAAGACUUUAUGUGAUCUGAAGGAGAAGCUUGUAGAGCUUCAAAAUAAAUGCUCACAGCUGAAUCAAGAGAUCAGCAACAAACAUCAGGCGCUUUUCAAAGGAAGAGAAGAGCGGGACAAGCUGAGACUGGAAGAAAGGAACGUCCAGGCUUCAGUCGAGUCCAAACUGAAGAGGAAGAACCAGCUUCACGCCAGUCGGUCAAACAAACUGAAGCGCUUUGGAGAUCAUGUUCCUGAACUGAUGGCUUUGAUAGCUGAGGCUCAUACAAAAGGACGCUUCCGAAAGAAGCCCAUUGGUCCGAUAGGGGCCUGUAUUCAUUUAAAUGAUCCCACGUUAGCGGUGGCGGUGGAGUGCUGUCUGCGGAGCUUCAUGAAGGCUUUCUGCUGUGACAACUACAAAGACGAGGCAGUCCUCCAGGAGAUCAUGUCUCGCUUUUACUCAAAGGGCAACAGACCGCAGAUUAUCGUCAGCCCUUUCUCCGACAAACUCUACAACAUCGACGGACGGAAAGCAUAUCACCCAGAAUACCCAUCUGUGCCGGACGUAAUCACAGCGACGAGCCCGGUCAUCGUCAACUGCCUGGUUGACAUGCGAGGGAUAGAAUCAAUCCUCAUAAUCAAAGAAAAAGACAAAGCGCGGAGGGUCAUGCAGCAAGGCCGGCCGCCGAAAAACUGCCGUGAAGCCUUCACUGCUGAGGGAGAUCAGGUGUAUCCAAACCGUUACUAUACCUCCGACUUCAGCAUGGCCAAAUACCUCGGUGGGGAUCUGGAGACAGAAAUAAGUAUGUUGGAGUCCGAUCUGGAGAAUCACCAGGCUCAGCUGUCCAGGUUUCAGCUCCACGUGAACUCUGUGACGGAAGACAUCGUGAGGAUGGAGAGCAGCCUGAACAGCACCGUCGUGACCCUGAAGAAGACUCUGGCCUCUAUGAAUCAAGUCAAAGCGACAAUAACUGAGCUAGAAACUGCUGUUGAGGAGCAAAUCGAUGACAUCAGCUCCUUGGAAGAAGUCGCUCAAGAGAACCAAGAGAAAAUGGAGGCGGAGAAACGAACCGUUCAAGAGGCAAAGAUGGAACUCGACAAGCAUCGGAAACAGGCAGAAGACGCCGACUCCCAGUAUUCUUCUCUUAGAGAUCGGAUUGAUCAGCUUUCAGAGGAAAUGGAGCCGCUGAAGGAUGAGCAGCUGAAACUGGAGGCAGAAUGUGCAAAACAUGAGAGAAACCUUAAAAUCUUGGAAAACAAAUUUAAGGCUCAUGAAGGCAACGUCCAAGCCAUGAAAAAUGAUCUUGCCCAAAGAGAAGAAGAAUUACAGGAAUAUGUGGCCAAAGCUACUGAGAUCAGUCCUGAGCGGCAGCAGGUGACCAGCAGCACCAAGAGCAUCGACACCGAAAUCACUCGACUGAAGAGGAAGAUCAAGGUGUACGAGAGCAGCCAUGGCGAGCACGAACAAGUAGUCAGAGAGUACGCCGAAGCUCUCGCUCUCUACAGAGAGAAAGCCAACCAAGUCAGAGACCUGCGGAGGUUCAUCGAUCGACUCGAUAACAUCAUGUCAGACCGGCAGAACAGAUACAAAGUAAUGCGUAGGUCCCUUUCUGUCAGGUGUAAAUUAUACUUCAGCAACUUCCUGAUAAAGAUGAACUACUGCGGCUCGAUGAUUUUCGAUCACAACAACGAGACACUUGCCAUCUCGGUGCACCCUCCAGGCAGAGAGGAGGACGGUGUGAGCGACGUGAGGACGCUGUCUGGAGGCGAACGUUCCUUCUCCACCAUUUGCUUCAUGCUUUCUCUGUGGGAGAUCACAGAGUCUCCCUUCAGAUGCCUCGACGAGUUCGAUGUCUACAUGGAUAUGCACAAUCGAAGCAUCUGUCUGAAUCUCCUCCUGGAGCUUUCAGAGCGGCAGCAUCUCCGACAGUUUAUCUUCAUCACUCCUUUGACCACCAGCCAUAUGCCCAAAUCCAGCCUCAUCAAAGUCCAUCAGCUUCAGGAUCCAGAGAGAGAACGAAGUCAGAACACGAGAUGAGGAUGUUUAAACUGAGCUCCAGAAAUGAACUAAACUGAGAAAACAUGACGAGAAAACUGAGAAAAGAGUCAUUACAACAUGAGAUGUAAUGACUGUUGAUGUGCCACAUUAAUGUAUAUACCAGUAUUAUUUAAUGGGCUUGGGAGCUGUUGUCUUUUAUAAUGUCAUUUCACUUGUGGAUGCUUGAAGAUAUACAUUUACUUUCAUGAAAUCUAAAUUAUAAUUGUGCUACUAGAAAUAUCCAGGACACAUAUGUAAUAUUGUAUUUAUUUUUUCUGAAUUAGGAUUGUGCUGUAACUGUGAUAGUUCAGAAAUUAAAUAAUUAUAUUGUGUUAUCUGUGCACAUACAAUAAUAUCGUAACUAAUCCAGUAACUAACUAGUUCACACUUCAACAUAGGAACAACACCAACAUUAAGAACUGUUCUAUGAAGCCCCAUAACUGAUAUGACGAGACUUUUUUGAUUUGCUUUACAGCACAAUACUUUUGCAUUAUCUUGAGAUAAUGUCUGUGUUCUUUCGCAUUACUUCAAUGCUACUGCGCAAUACUGCGUCUUCCCUUGCAAUUACUUUUGCGUUUCGUCACAGUAGCUUUUACUUUGCAAAAGUUUUUGCAUCACCUAGCAUACGUUUUGCUUUACGUCGGAAUAUUUUUUGUACUAUCUUGCAUUAGUUUUCCAUGAUGUUGCAAUACUUGUCUAUUACGUUACAUCGCAAUACCUUUUGUUUUCGCACCACUUCUGGCAUUGUUUGGCAAUAACUUAUGCGCUACCCUGCAGCACUUUUGCAACAGUGUUGUUCCCUCGCAAUACUUCUGCAUUACCUUGCAAUAGUUUUGCAUUACUUAACAAUACUCUUUGUAUUACAUUGCAUUAGUUUUCUAUUACAUUGCAAUAAUUGCUGCAUUACUCUCAAUACUUUUUGCCUUCCCUCACAAUAUGCUUUGCAUUAACCCACAAUAAUUUUUGCGCUACAUCGCAAUAACUUUUGCAUUACUUCAUAAUACUUAUGUUAUAUGACUUAUGUUAUACUUUUGCGUUUCCUCGCUAUGAUUUAUGCAUUACUUUGCUGCGCAUUACCUCACAUUAGUUUCGCAUGAUAUUACAAUAUUUUCUUGCAUUCCCUCGCAAUAACUUUUGCAAUUUUUUGCAAUAUUUUUCUUGCAAUACUUGCGUUCCCUCGCAAUAGCUUAUAGGCUACCUAGCAAUGCUUCUGCAUAACCUCACAAUGGUUUUGAGUGUAAUUCAUUUCCCAAAAAAGAUGCAGAACUCACAACUGAAGUGAAUUUUACCAGUGACAUUUUUUUCUUCCUAAAUUUUCAUUAGAUUUUGCGAUAAUAUAAAAAACUUAAUUCUUCUGACCAUGUUAAUUGUGUAGUGAAAAUCUGACAUCAUAACUCAUUUUGCAUCCACAGUAAAUAUUCUGGUGAAUCUGUAGCUAUGAACCCCAUUUUUUUUUGGUUAAGGAAGUCUAAUUUCUGCUUUGAAAUUAGUGGAUUAUUGAACGGACUGUGAGCUCUCAGCGUAUAAAUUUAGUGAAGGUAAAAGAUGCAGAAGAUAACAUGUCAGAAGUGUUGCACUGUACAAUUUUAAGCUUGCUGUGUUCGGUUUUCUGUUUGUGCUCAGUAGUUAAGAUGUUUGUUCAACUUUAUCGUGCGUUUUAAGGAAAUACUGAGUGAUGAUGAUGAAGAUGUGGGAGGAUGACUGGAGGUCUGAUCUGUUUUCUCUGUUAAUUACAAGUUUGUAGUUUGACAGUUUUAGUCGAUAAUGAAUUGUUACUUGUAGUGUGUUUUGUAAAAUGGAUGAUAUUUCAUGGAAUAGUUUUAUGUAGUAUUUAUCUCAGGAGACAUUCACAUCUGUAAACACAGUUCUCUACUCAACCUGUCAGUGUUAAUGUUGUCACAGUGGGCAGUUUUCCUGUUAGAUUUCCUUAUUACUGCUAAUUAAACAUCUCAUGUUUGGGUUUUGUGACUUAAA